AGUUUUCUCCAUUACCAAUGAUCAAUCGGCAAGCUUGAGCAACGUAUAAUAUGCAUUGGGGCAUCAGUAACAAAUCAGAGCUCACAUAGUUCACAAGAGGGUCUCGCGCGCAACCAACAUUUAUCCGAAUUUCGUCUCAUCGAAGCGCUAUAAAAAUAAUAAUUGAGUGAGAGAAUAGUCCCCGAGGAAAAUCCAAGAACCUGCGGACUCAGAGAACAUCUCAAUGUGGCUAUUGCACUGAGAGUGGGCCCAAUAAAUAAAAUGGUACUCGGCCGGAAUCGUACCUGAAUGGAAGGAACCUGACCCAAAUAUCCCAUUUAUGGAGGAUGCUUGGAAGUAAUGAACGGUAUGGAGAAGCAUGGACAUGGUCACGGCCAUUCUCACCACCACCACCACCAUCACCACCACCACCACCACCAUGGAUCCUCAUCCCACAGUGGGCAAUCAAUGCAGCCGACGAGUCACUCGAAGCAUAGUCAUGGGCACAGUCAGCAUCAGCAGAAGGAGCCACCAACAGGAGGUGGCCAGCACCAGCUCCAGCAACCACCACCGACAGCUCCCCCCCCACUGCCAGCCUCAUCGUCCUCCUCCUCGUCAUCGUCGUCGUCAGUCCAAAAACUGAGGAACUACAAGCUCCUGGUGGAUCCAUUCCUCACGAAAGGUGCUGCCAAAGUGUACAGAUACGACGGAGUUGUCCCUGGUGAUCCCACCCAGGUGCCAAUUCAACUUCGCGAUCCUCGUUCCCCCCUGACAAGAAUAUGGACACGACUGGAGCAGUUGGAUCUCCCAGUGCCCCGAUUUAAAAUCGAUGUCAACUACUGCGGCGAUCCCCCACCCCUCGAAGUGACAUUCUGCCACCUGAACGACAACAUCGACAGGAUAUUUCUCAGCGAAAUGGUCCAUAAAUUCGGUACUGUCGAGGAGCUGACGAUAUACUAUCACCCCCUGACAAACAAACACCUCGGAAUAGCUCGUGUCGUUUUCGAAACGACGAAGGCAUCGAAAGGCUGCGUAGAAAAGCUGAACAACACCUCGGUGAUGGGCAAAGUAUUGCGGGUAUUUCUCGACGCAUUCGGUGAGGAGUGUAAAAAAAUUUACGCCGACUUGACAGUGGAAAAAAAGCCAGACAAAAAGGUGGAGAAAGAAUUGAAGAUUGAGGCUGAGCCCGAGAAGAGUACACCUGUCGAGAAAAUGAGUGACGAACGUGAUGAUUACAGGAGUAAAAAGACAACUGCAGACAAGACGAGAGCAGAAUCGACCCCCUACAUGGAGACACCAAGAUUCACAAAGUACAGGGACUAUCCGACCCCAGGGGGCAGUACUGGCAGUGACAUUGGCUAUGCCACGGCGUCCAGUGAGAUUAACUACUCCAGCAGCUACUCCCAAGGCUCGACGCCAGCCAGCAGUUACGACUACUAUUACCCCAGCUAUCACCAUCAGGCCAACAGCUACGUCCCAGGGAUCCACCCGCCGACGAUAGGCAUGACCCCAGUGCAGCAGAAUUCAGGUGUGUGGUGGCCUGGCAAUUCGACCCCAAGUUUUCCACCAGUUUGGCCUACUCACGCACCCCCCACGCCAGUUCACAACUCGACAGUUCCAAAAAUAUCAAAUCCAUCGAAGCCAUUUCCCAACACCAUCACCAAGGAGAAGGAGAAGGAGAAGGAGAGUCAGCCCCCAGUGGUGAAGAACUCAAGAGAGUCCCCAGUGGAGAUAAAAAAGACAUUGGACCUCGACACGAGAAUUGCAAUGCUACUUAAGGACAAAGCUGGUGGCAUGGCCCCACCAUUUCUCCAAUUCGGAAGUGACUCUGAGGACGAGAGAAAAUCCCAACCCCCCGAGGACGAGCUGCCACUGUCAGUCCCACCGAGUCCCUUUGCAUCGGCUGAAAUGUACAAAGAGUGUUUUGAAAAGAAGACUGAGCGUGUACGCGAGAGGAAGAAAAUACGUGAGAAUAAUGUCAAUAAAUUUUCAGUCGACGAGGACUUGGGUAGUGUGAUAAGUUCAAGUGAGGACGAGGCACUCUUGGGUAGUUACAGUCCAGCGAUUGAGACUGAGCCUGAGCCCCCGAAGGAUCCGCCCCCUCCGCCACCACCGGACGACGACAGAAUGUCGUUGAGUCCCCUGAGCUCGGGUGACGAGAAAAUUGAGGAAGUCAUUGCCCAGUCGCAGCCGACGAAUCAGUUGUACUCAGGAGCUGGUUAUCCUGGUCAUCUGGAUCCCUACUCGCAGACGGAUGUCUACGGCUGGCCAAGACCAACGCAGUACCCGUACUCCUACGUGUCCCCUUACAUCCCCAAUCAAUAUCAAUCUACGACACUCCCCGGUGCAGUUGGCUCCCACCAGAGCACGAGUUACUACGCCAAUUUCCAGUCUCGCUUCCAGUCGAUGGCCAACCAGAGCAUAUCGAAGGACAGUCCCCAGGGUCCGACGAUAAACGGCGUCCUCAACCGAGUGGUCAACGAGCUGAAGCAAAUCCUGAAGAAGGACUUCAACAAGAGAAUGGUGGAGAACACAGCGUUCAAGCUGUUCGAGGUGUGGUGGGACGAGAAGAAGAACGAGAAGAACCACGUGAGUGGCGAGCCAGCCCCAGUGAACAACGUCAUGAAGGAGGAGCCCUCGAAGCAGGCCCUCUCCUCCCUGCUGGAGCAGGCAACGCCCCUCGGUCUCAAUUACGACGGUUUCGGCCUAGGGAUUCGAGCCAGCAUGCCCAAGAUGCCAUCGUUCAGGCGAAAGGUGAAAGCACCGAGUCCCCUGCCCCAGGAUGAGGACAGUCGUCAGUCGGACAGGAUGGACACAGAGCUGAUUGAAAGUGACAGUGAUCUCGACGUGUCAAUGGACACCCCAAAGCCAAAACGUAUAUUACCCACCAGUGCCUCGUCAGUCUCCUCGUCUUCCUCCUCGAGCAGCAGUUCCUCGUCAUCAGCGACUGAGUCAGCCAGCUCUGGGGAGAGCUCCGACGACGAGGACUCGGACAGUAGACUCUCUGACCACCGGCUCUUGGCGUGCAACAGCCAGGAUCCAGACGUCCUCAUGGAGCUGGCGAUCCAGCGAUCACUGGACUGCCCAACGCCCCCGGGAAGACAGACCCCCAUUCCCAGUCUGGAUCUCACCAAAAUCACCGACGACUUCCCUCACGUGGACGACGAUCCCAGUCCUGUGUCGUCCCCUCGAUACGACGCUGUGCAGAGCUUCGAGAAAAAUUCAGGAAUUUCUCGGGACGAGCUGGAGCCACAGGCUGUCAAGGAGGAGCCUAGGGACAUUGAGAAAAUGGAGACCUCUGCUGCUGAGGCACUGAUAUCCCUCGCUGGCCAGGACAGCGACAGCAUCAUUCGACACAAGAGUCCGGGUCCAAUCCAACAGAACAUCAUUCGAGUCCUGCAGAGCAUGUCCUCGAAGUACAUCAACGACGAGCCAAUCCUCAGGGAGUCUGAGAAGAUCGAGAUGUUCUCGGAGAUUCCUACGACAGACUCCGAGGAGGAGAGCCUGGAAAUCCGCAGAUUACGGUAUCAGGCGGAGGCUGAUCUUCGUGUUCCUGGGCAGAGGAGUCCGAGCACUCCGGGCUCACAGGUCUCCCAGGUUUACAUUGAGCAUUCGUACUCACUGCCGCCGGCUGAGGUGCCACUGCAGAGCGAUGCACCAGUGUCUCAGGAAUCGCCAGCCAAAGUGGCGAAGCAGGUGAAGCAGAAGCACGAUAAGUCGAAGGAGCGAAAUGAGAAGAGGAAGUUGAACAAGUACAAUACCAAAAUCACGACUCAUCACAAUCACGAGAGGGAAAAGGAGAACAUUCAGAAUGAGAGGCUCACUAGGGCCAUUCAGGAGGAUCAGCCAGUUGUGUAUAAGGAGCGGGUGAUCAUCGCUGAGCUCGGGGUUCUUUACAAGUUUUUGACGCGAGGAAUUGACGCCGAAGACAUUGAGUACCUCAAACGUAGCUACAAUUCUCUGCUGGCUGACGAUACCCAGGGGUAUUGGCUGAAUGACACGCACUGGGUGGAUUAUCCACCGACAGAUGUGCCCAGUCCAGCGAAGAAGAGGAAGAGGGACGAGCUCAGGGUGCAUUCCACUGGCUGUGCCAGGGCUGAGGGAUUCUACAAGGUUGAUAUCAGGGAGAAGGCCAAGCACAAGCAUCAUUAUGCGCAGAGUAUACAGAGGGCUAAUGAGAUUGAGGAGAGCAUGCAUGCUGGCGGCGACAGCAUGAUCAGCAGCUCCAAGGCUGGGACUAAAGCCCUCACGGGGAAGAUGCAGGCGCUGUCGCGGGAAGCCAGGAGCAAUCAGCGACGACUGCUGACUGCCUUUGGCAUUGACACUGACAGCGAUCUUCUCAAGUUCAAUCAGCUCAAGUUUAGGAAGAAGCAGCUCAGGUUCGCCAAGUCUGGCAUUCACGACUGGGGGCUCUUUGCUAUGGAGCCGAUAGCUGCUGAUGAAAUGGUCAUUGAGUAUGUGGGGCAGAUGAUCAGGCCCAUUGUCGCGGAUUUGAGGGAGUCGCAGUAUGAGGCUACGGGGAUUGGGAGCUCGUACCUCUUUAGGAUCGAUUUGGACACUAUUAUUGAUGCUACUAAGUGCGGCAAUUUGGCGAGGUUCAUCAAUCACAGCUGUAAUCCCAAUUGCUACGCUAAAGUCAUCACCAUUGAGGGUCAAAAGAAGAUCGUCAUUUACAGUAAACAACCUAUUGGUGUAAAUGAAGAAAUAACGUACGAUUACAAGUUUCCACUGGAAGACGACAAAAUACCGUGUCUGUGUGGUGCACCGCAGUGUCGUGGUACUCUCAAUUGAAAAUCAACUCAAUCGAGUUAUUUUAAAAAAACUUAUUUUGUGCUCCGAACCGUCAGUCUCAGUGUCACAAAGAAAAUCAAGCUCACCUGGAAGUUUUUUACGCUCUUCCCUAUGUGGUCCAUCCAUUAUCAUGAUCCCUUUACUCAUAUCUUUGUAAAUAAAAUAUCCCCUCCCCCUCCUAUGUAAACAUUUUAUAAAAAUGCAAUGAAAAAAAAAAACCGAUAAAUUAUAUAUUAUCAAUUUUAGAGUUUUUCUUUUUGAUUAUGUUUAUUCGUAAGUUUUGGAGCUAGAACAAUGGAGCGAGAAGUUGCGAUUGGAAAGAAUGAAAAUGAUUCUUGAGAAGAAUGUUUUGGAAUUUAUUUACCUUCAUAUCACGCAGUGGGCAGAUGCUAAUUAUUUUUUCGAGGGGACUUGCAGCUCAGACCUUCGACAAUGGGUACGAUUGAACAGAUUAUUUUGUAGAAAUUUCGGCGUUUCUUAAAUU